CUUCUCCGCGGGAGGAAGCAGCGCGGGCCUGACCGGCGUCUGCCCGCCGCUCCACCACCGCUACUGCCCCAGCCCGACUCCUCUGGCCCGGCCUGACCUGGUCUGGCCGGCCCGGGCUCUGCGGCCGUGGGGCCGCGGCUCCCGAUGGAAAUCAUAUGACAGACUUCUUGGGCAACAUCUACUAGAAAGAUCUUUGAAAUUACAGAAGACAAAAACACUAAUGCAUUUGAGAAAACGAUAAAGUUGGGGGGAGGGGAAAAGGCAUCUGCUUUCCUGACCUGCAACUUGGCUGGAUGUUAAGAUGUCUGUGGACAUGAACAGCCAAGGGUCUGACAGCAAUGAAGAGGACUAUGACCCAAAUUGUGAGGAAGAGGAAGAAGAGGAGGAAGAAGAUCCUGGGGACAUAGAGGACUACUAUGCGGGAGUAGCCAGUGAUGUGGAACAGCAGGGGGCUGAUGCCUUUGAUCCCGAAGAGUACCAGUUCACUUGUUUGACCUAUAAGGAGUCUGAGGGUGCCCUCCAUGAGCAUAUGACCAGCUUAGCCUCUGUCUUAAAGGUAUCCCAUUCCAUUGCAAAACUUAUAUUAGUUAAUUUCCACUGGCAAGUCUCAGAGAUACUGGACAGAUACAAGUCUAAUUCUGCUCAGCUACUCGUUGAGGCGCGAGUUCAGCCUAAUCUAUCAAAACACGUCCCCACAGCCCAUACCCCUCACCACUGUGCAGUGUGUAUGCAGUUUGUACGGAAGGAAAACCUACUCUCUCUGGCCUGUCAACACCAGUUUUGCCGAAGCUGCUGGGAGCAGCAUUGCUCAGUACUAGUCAAAGAUGGUGUUGGUGUGGGAGUCUCCUGUAUGGCUCAAGACUGUUCACUCCGAACACCAGAGGAUUUUGUGUUUCCAUUGCUUCCCAAUGAAGAAUUGAGAGAUAAAUACAGGCGCUACCUCUUUAGGGACUAUGUGGAGAGUCAUUACCAGCUCCAGCUGUGCCCUGGUGCAGACUGCCCCAUGGUUAUUCGGGUACAGGAGCCUAGAGCCCGCCGAGUGCAGUGUAAUCGGUGCAACGAGGUCUUCUGUUUCAAGUGUCGACAGAUGUAUCACGCCCCCACAGACUGCGCCACAAUCCGGAAAUGGCUCACGAAAUGUGCAGACGAUUCUGAAACGGCCAACUACAUUAGUGCUCACACUAAAGAUUGUCCCAAGUGUAACAUCUGCAUUGAGAAGAAUGGAGGCUGCAAUCACAUGCAAUGCUCCAAGUGUAAACAUGACUUCUGCUGGAUGUGUCUAGGAGAUUGGAAGACACAUGGCAGUGAAUACUAUGAGUGUAGUCGGUACAAGGAGAAUCCUGACAUUGUCAACCAGAGCCAGCAAGCCCAGGCCAGAGAGGCCCUCAAGAAGUACUUGUUCUACUUUGAGAGGUGGGAAAACCACAACAAAAGCUUGCAGCUAGAGGCACAGACAUACCAGCGGAUUCAUGAGAAGAUUCAGGAAAGGGUUAUGAACAAUCUAGGGACUUGGAUCGACUGGCAGUACCUACAGAAUGCUGCCAAGCUGUUGGCCAAGUGUCGAUACACCCUGCAAUACACCUACCCAUAUGCAUACUACAUGGAGUCCGGCCCCAGGAAGAAGCUGUUUGAAUACCAGCAGGCUCAGCUGGAGGCUGAGAUUGAAAACCUUUCAUGGAAAGUUGAACGUGCAGACAGCUAUGACAGAGGGGACUUGGAGAACCAGAUGCACAUAGCAGAGCAGCGGAGAAGAACCCUGCUGAAGGAUUUUCAUGACACCUAAGCUGAGCUGUGGAUGUGCCAGGGCGAGGAAGAUGUAGCUGUGAGGGCUCCUGGCUGCCGUACUGCAUGCUGCAGGCUCUGCCUUUCAUGACCCCAGGCAACAUCCAGGGCCCCACUCCUGAGAGACACUGGCAACACACCUUAGUUGAUGUUUUCUUCCAUCUUUUUGCUUUUUUGUUUCUACCAGGGUAGAGGCCAUGUUGAAUUAGCCUCUUCUAAGGACUUUUAAAUUCUCCCUGGAUGGUUGUUGGGAGGGAGGGAACGUUUUUUUCUGAAUGGCUAUUAAUAGUAUUAGAUCAUUACAACUUAUGUAAUUUUCAAAGUUGUACGAUUAUUUAAAAAAAAAA